CGUGAGUGCGUGAACAUUACAACAUUUCUAGACAAGUAACUGCUGUAAAUUAAAAUUAGUUGUUAUGAAUAUAUUUUUGACGGUUCACUUAGAUGAUUUUAUUUAAAUUGCGAGAUAAAAAUGAGUUCUAGUGGAAGAGACAACAGGGAUAGUAAACGAAAAUAUCAAUGGAAUCCACAUAAUAGUGGGGCAAAGAGAUUUCAUGGCCCUUCUAAUAAUCCUAGAGAAGAAUUUCAAAGAGGAGUGUCAUCAAGGUGGGACAGAAAUCAUAAAACAAAUGACCAAGGUUUUCAAAAAAAUCACCGCCCCCCUGGGAAUUCCUGGGGGAAUCGUGAAAGAACCAAUCAUAUUAGGUUUCCAACAAAUAAUAGAAACUACAGUCAAGGUUUUGAUUUUCAACCUUCUUUGUCAUCUAGAUCGUCCAAAGACCACGAAGAUGUAGUUGGUCCAGGUUCAGAUUUAGAAAGAAUGGAAAAAGUACUUGCUACAAAAAAGAGAAUAGAAGAAGCUUUAGCCUCUAAAUCAUCAUCAUCGAACAAAGAAAUCAACUUUCAAAAUAAUCUUAGUAAUGAAGAUAAAAGUAAAGACAAGGAAUCUCCAGGACCAAAUUUAGAUUUACGUUUAACCAACAGUGACUUCAAAGAAAUAGGAUCUGUUGCACCAGGUGUUCCUACUGAAGGAGACCUUGAAUCCAAUGAUUUCAUGAAUACAAACUCUCCUAAUACUACUACUACUCACUCAAUCCAACAGAGGUCAUUUGAUAAUACCACUUCAAAUUUACCUGCCAAUCUCCAAGCAAAAGCGCAAAAAGUUGGUGGCUGGAGUAUGACAGCUGUAAACAAUAUUGUACCUGAAUCAAGUAAAUCUUCCUCUCCAAGACUGAGGAAUGAUAUUUAUAUACAGGAAGAAAGAGAACGAAUACUCGGCAACGUGUCAACAGGCAUUCAAGAAAGUAUUCAUAUUGAUCAACAACAGCAAACAACCAACAAACAAUCAAGUGAUAAACAAAACAGUCAGAACAAUAUAGAUGAAUUUUCAAGAGUUGGACAGCUUUAUCAAAGCUUUUUGAGAUCAAGGUUGUUUGGUUAUACACUGAGAGUAAGAGACAAGUCAACAAAACCGCCUAUUCCAAAUCCAUUACUAGACAAAACUGUUCUAGGGAACCAAAAUGCAGACAAUCAUGUUACUGAGGAUCAGGUUAUUGAGCUCCAGAUGCCGCAGCCUAUAAUAGUAAAGACGGAAAGAAAUCUUGAAAGAAAUCCAAAUUUUACACCAGAACACAUUGAGGCAGAAGAAGCAAAUGAGUUUUGUAAAGACUUUGGCUUCCUUUUAAAAGAUCCCAAUUUUUUGAUUCCACCGGAGGAUUUAGAAAAGCUUGGCUUAGGCCACCUGCGUGAAAUGAAUAAGUUAAUAAAUGAAAAGAGGAGGGGGAGAACUUUACAAAACUAUUUAGAAACUCAGGAGAAUUUUUAUAAUAUGGAUUCAGGUAUAUUAAACUCUGUUGCCGGAAACAUAAUGAAUGUCAACACUAACAAUAAAACAUUUCCAUUAAAUAGUCCACACAAUUCAGGAGAAAGAGAAGAUUUUGGGAGAUUCAAUGAAGCAGAUUCUUUGGCAAACCAUGUAGCUUCACAUUUUCUUCCUAGUUCAUCAUUAGGAUCUCAAACUGAAUCUAGACUGGAACAUACUAUUCAGCCAGAUAUUCACAGAAAUGAUAAUAUUCUUUUCAAUCAGAGCCCUCUGUUAUCAUCUUUCCAGAAUAUUUCAGUUGAAGCGGUUGUGGAAAAGGUUGUGAAACAAAUUCUUCAGCCGUCAAGUACAAACUCAGUCACAAAUACAAGUAUUCCUUCAACCUCUGAAGCUCACAACAAUGUUCCAAAGGAAAGCAAUGAAAGUAAUACACACGAGGAUACAGGAACAAGCUAUAUUAAUUCAAAGAACUUGCCAAUAAGUCAAAUGCAAGAAGUUAGUAGUAAGAUAUUGAGGUUAUUCCUCAUUGAUAAGCAGAUUGAGGAAUUAAUGAGUGAAAAAAUGAAAAUAUAUAGUGAAAUAUUUUCUUACCAAGGAAUGUCACAAGCACUGUUUCACUCCUGGGCUCAGGAUCAAAUCCAGCAAGGCAGCGUAAUGAAUGUUAUUUCAAAUACCUCAAAUGUUAUCACAGAAUUAAAUAAAGUUAUAAACCGCAAUGCACAAGAAAUGAACACACUCGACACUUCCAAUUCAGCUGCUGAAAAUACUGUAGAAGAAGCUAUAUCGGAGUUAUACACUUUAAAAAAGGAAUUUGGUAAUUCUGAUUCAGGUACCACAGUUGCACAGGAAAUACCGGUACCCUCUUCUGAACCGAAUACAUCACAACCAGAUAAUGGCUUUGUAGCUCCCACAAAUGUAGUUGUGGAAGAGAACCGACCAAAGCUGAGUGUGAGGAAGGAUUUGAUAGAUCCAAACCUCAGUAACAUAAAUCUUUUAAAUACACCAGUCAAAGUACCUGCUGAAAGUGAUACGAGUGAAGGAAAUUGCAAAAAUACAGUAGAUGAUAAAUCAAACAUCAAGAAAAAGAAGAAGAAACCUAAAAAGAAAGAUUCAGUUGAAGUAAUUAACCUCAUCGAAGACACUGAUGAUGAAAUUAGCAGUGGAACUGGUGUUGACUCUGUUGCAACGGACGAUGUUUCAUCCAAAGGAUUCAAUUCAGAAGAUGAAGCAGAAAAGAAAGAUUUGAUAUGCACCAAAAGAAUAUCCUAUGAUCUGGAUUCAAAAACAGUCACUUGUAUGACAAUCAUGAAGUACAAUAAAUCUAAGAAAUUUUUAUUUGUGGGUUGCAAGGAUGGAUUUGUAAUGGGAUAUGCCUUUGGUGAACCUGCCAUUAGUUUUACAAAAAAACUCCACAAAGACGCCAUAACUUCGGUUUAUUAUGAAACAAAAUACCUGAUUACCGGUUCAGCAGACUCUACAGUGUGUUUAUUUUCAUUGAAGGAACAAAUUGAAACACAAACAUUGACAGUGAAUGCACCAGUCCAGAGUAUGGAUAUUAACUUAAAUCAGCUAAUCGUAGGAACCAAAGCUGGAUCUAUAUACACAUAUGCAGUCAAGACAGAAAGUAAAAAGAAGAGGGCUUUUGUAUCCCUUCAUCCCAACAAGAAACCUCUGGCAAUCACCAACAGCAGUAUCUUAGCAGUCAAGUUGGCCAAGGAGGGAGUUCGCAAAGUUCUCAUCGUAGCCAGCAGAGGAGAGCAGAUCACUGUCAGAGAUGCAACCUCAGGACUGUUACUUAGAACAUUUGACUGGUGUGACACAGUUUACUGCCUACAAUUAUAUGAAGAGACCCCGCUUGUAUACUGUGGGACUAACACAAAAAGUGUUAAAGUGGUCAAUUACAUGGAUGGUGAAAACUCAGGUGAAUGUAUAAUGGGAAGAUCUAUUUCACAAAUCACCUUUCUGCACUCUUUGAUGUUUGCUGCAUCCUUUGAUGGGAAUAUCUACGUUUACGAUGUUGAGAAUAAAAGCCUGAUGGCAACUGUAAUAGUUUCAAAAGGAAUAAUUCUGUGCUUGGCAGUUGAUAGCAAGAGUCAUGUGAUCCUGGUUGCUACCAACAGAGGGGACUUACAACAGAUUCCAUUCCCGUCUUCAGUUGUCAAACAGUUAAAAAGAUUAAACAUUGAAAGGAAAAUGAAACAGCAAAAGAAAAUGGAGGAGCAAACUUAAAAAAGAUUGAUGUUUUAUAACUGACUUCAGAGUACUUUUAAGGGAUCACAUUUAAAUUCCUCCUCAUAUUAUUAAAUUCCUCCAAUCCUAGAUUGCUUUGUAUUGAACGUCAGAAAGAAGUCAAAACUUAACAUCAUUAAGAAAAUUACUUACCUUUGGAGACCGACCCUAUAGUAUAUGACACGCUGCCUAGGACUGGGAUACUUUUAACAGUUCUGCAAUGUUAUAGAAAAAAUGCUAUAACUUUUGAAAAGCAGCCCUCUUUCACAUUUCUUGCAUGCCGUUCUUGAUAUUUCAUUUUUUUAAACAAUAGUUUGUUUAAACUUCUGAUAAAUCGGAAGUUGGUCUCCUCAUUAAUAACACUCAAACAGUAUCCUAUAUUAUCAUUAUUAAUUUUGUAAACUGGUUUAUGCCGUGAAAUUAAUUAAUACUAGUUUAGAUUUUUACUAAAACUCAUUAAACUAGUAUUUUAAAUCCAGUGAUUUUGCAAUAAAACAGCAAAUCUAUUAAUCUGUAGGAAAGUCUUGAAGUGAAAUUGGGGGCUCAUUUCUACAAUGGUCAUGAGUGCCACCUUCUUUCUAUUGCAUACUAUACUAGUUGAAAUUAUCAUUAUUGACAAACAUUAAAACAUAAAGAAACUAUCAACAUGAAACCCCUUUUACAGUAAAGAAUUAAGCGGUUGCAUACGAAAAAUAUUUCUUACAUGUUCAAAUUUGUUGAGUUCAAAUUUCCUAACAUAAACUUAUUUUCACACAGAUUGUACAGUACUUGUCACAAAUCCUGAUUACACCCAAACCGUUUUGAAUGUAAGUUACUGGUCAAAUUCUAAUGAAAUUUGUAUCUCCAGAAUUAAUUUUCAUUUUUAAUGGUUACUUUAUUAAUAAAACCCCAUGAAAUAACAUAUUUUAGUUUUUCACUAAAACAUCCCAAUUGAUGAUUAAAAUUUAGUAUUAUUAUUCUAAACAAAAUGGUACGACCCCCACUGCUGUAAAAACUACGAUUGUAACGUUAUUGUAACUUUUGUGAUUUUACCCAUAAAAUAGCAUAGUUAUCAUAGAGCCAUGAUAGGGGUCGUUGACAAGCUAAUGGGAGAAAGUAUGUGUCAGAUUGCUGAUAGCGUUUUUAUACAACUUUUUUAUGAACCUAAUUAUUUUUAUUUCCAGUUUUAGUGCCAUUCAAUCAUUUACGAUUUGAAUCCUCUUAUUGUAAGUAACUUAAUUGUACAGUGUAAAUUGAUUGAAAAUGUAUAUACUGUAUUUUUUAAGUGAAAUAAAUGUUGAUUGUUUAA